ACACACUUUAAUAACAAUAUAGAGAUAGCAAGAAUACUCCCUCUGCCCUUCAAUAACGCCACAGCUUUGGGUGAGGAAGGAGUUAGUGGCAAGAAACAGGAAACCGAAUCCCCCAGGAAUAAGAGAAUGGAGUGAUCACUAAGAUUCCUUUUAGUUUUAACUAGAUACAUGUACUACAGCUUGGGUCACUAUGUGUGGACAGUACUUAAUAAGUGAGUGAAGAAGACAGGCACAGAAGAAGACUCAUGCACUUACACAACUACAGAGGGCAAGACAAAAGUUUGCUACACACAGUUCUGAACUCAAAUGACCAGCAAGGAAUAACUCAUGUGAGGAAAAGAGCUGCAGAUGGUAAUAUGGCAAGCGGGGGUGAUUAUGACCUAAUUGGGAUUCCAUUCCCAAACCACAGCAGUGAAGUACUCUGCCAUCUAAACGAACAGAGACGUGAUGGUUUAUUCUGUGAUGUCAUUCUUAUUGUCCAGGACCAAGAUUAUAGGACCCAUAGGUCUGUCCUUGCUGCUUGCAGCAAGUACUUCAAGAAACUUUUUACUACAGGCACUUUAGAAGACCAGCCCAAUGUUUACGAGAUUGACUUUGUCACACCUGAAGCACUUUCUGCUAUUUUAGAGUUUGCAUACACCUCAACACUUACCAUCACUGCCUCAAAUGUAAAAAAUAUUCUUAGUGCAGCACAGAUGUUGGAGAUUCAGUGUGUCAUAAAUGUUUGCCUUGAAAUUAUGGAAAGCAAUGGAGACUUGGAUGAGGAGGAUGAGGAAGAAGAUGCAGAAGUAGAAGACUUCCAGAAAGGCGAAGAACAUUUUGGGGAAGAAAACGUAGAGACUGAAGUAGUAGACAAAAGCCAGCAAAAGUCUUCACCAUCACAGCAUAAAGAUGAGACACCUGCACAUGUUAACAAAGACUUUGAGAGUCACUGUCCUGAAAAUAAUUCUUCUAGCCACUUAGGGACACUGAGAGACUUCUCAAUUGAGUCCCUACUGAGAGAAAGCUUGUAUCCUAAAGUUAACAUCCCAGACAGAAUUGCAGUCCUUCCCCCCUUCGGAAAUGGAUUCUUCCCUCAUAUGUGGAAUGGAGACUUUGGGGCCUUUUCACAAGUGCCAGAGCAAGACGUGGACACAGGGCCUUUGGACUUGGUGAUAAAAAAAGGAAAAAUCAAGGAAGAAGAAAAGGAGACGAUUCCUUCAAUGGUCUACCCUAGUGAUUUUUUUAAUGAAGUACUUGGUAAAAACUCAAGGAGCCCUUUCAAUCACAUUAAGUCUGAAAGGGACUAUAGCACUUACCUCAGUUUCUUAAGUGCCUCCCAUUUGGGAGGAAUGUUUUCUGCAUGGCCUCUCAAUGAAGAAAGGAAGGUAAAGCCCAAGGCUUCCCAACAGUGCCCUAUCUGUAACAAAAUAAUCAUGGGAGCAGGAAAGUUGCCACGACACAUGAGGACACACACAGGAGAGAAGCCAUACAUGUGUAAUAUCUGCGAAGUUCGCUUCACUAGGCAGGAUAAGCUGAAGAUUCACAUGCGAAAGCACACCGGAGAAAGACCCUAUAUCUGUAUGCACUGCGAAGCAACAUUUGUACACAACUAUGACCUAAAGAAUCACAUGCGAAUCCAUACAGGUAUCCGCCCAUAUCAGUGUGAGUAUUGCUACAAAAGCUUCACUCGGUCAGACCAUCUCCAUAGGCACAUCAAAAGACAAAGCUGCCGGAUAUCACGACCUAGAAGAGGACGAAAACCUGCAGCCUGGAGAGCAACAAGCUUGCUGUAUGUGCAAGAUAACCAAAGGGAUGAAAAAUGCUUCUUGCAGCCGACCCUUGAACAAAGGAAUGGGCACCUUGGGGUUGGGGAUGUUGGUAUUCCAAGUCCUCAAAAUGGACAUUUUUUGGGAGAUAUGAGAAGUGCAAUCAACCUAGAAGAUGAUUUAGGACAAAGAUUUGAAAACACGGAUGUGAAAUUACUAGAAAGGACCAAUGUGGAGACUGAAAGGAGCAGGGGAAUUUAUGCCUAUUCUCUAAGCCAAAAUGAGAGCAAUCCAGCACAGCAGUACUACCCCGCCAGUGAACCCUGGAGGAUGGGGCUUGGUUCCAUAGCAUCUAUUCCAGAGCACAGCAACUGAAAUAUACAUGCGAUUUAUAAAGCUGAAGCCUACUGGUGACUUUCAAAGGUCUAUUCAUGUCUUACACUUUGAAGAACCUUCUGGGUGUCCUGCAAGAGAGUGAAGUAUUUUGUUCACAUGUUACUGUGGUGCACAUAGUUGCAUAUAAACAAUCAGAUAUUUCUACAAGACCUCUUUGAUAAUAUACAGACCACCCUG